GUUUGUAAGUCUCAUUUAGAUGAACGUGUAGAGAGAGAGAGAGAGAGAGAGAGGGAGAGGGAGAGGUGGCAGUGGAGGAAGAAGAAGGCGUCACCAUUUUUGUAUGAUCAAUCAAGGCUUAUGUGCUCUUCCCCAUCAGCCGCAUGCUUGAGCAGAAGACGGAGAGAGAGAGAGAGGGAGAGAGAGCGCACAGAGAAAAGCUUAAACAUUGCUCCUCGGGAAUAGAUAAAGCACUCUACUGAGCCCCUCCCGCCUUUUCUUUCUCUCUUUCUAUUUCAACUUUUCGAGCAACAAAGAGGCGAACUCCAAAUUGCAGAACGACAGGCAGCAUACACUGCAUAACUCGUUUCAAGCCUCUGUGUGUCUGAAUCUUAGGCUUGGAGGGUUGUCUGAGCUAGUAUCUCUUUAAAGCAUAGUUCUCGCCGGGAAGCUCAGACGAUACCGUGCAGUCAACGGCCGGAGAUAUGCAGGCUCCAAAAACAAGAAAUAGUCCCUCAGAAAUGGCUCAAAAGUCAUCCAUGACCACUCCCCGAGUUGCACGUCAACUUAAGAUGGCUGGUGAUGCAGAUUCAACAACCUCUUCAAAUUCAACAACGAGGACACCUACAGAAAGGAGCCCCAAAGUCAGCCCCAAAGUCACUGAGCGGAGGUCCCCCAGAAGCCCCAUGACUGAGAAGAAGCGCCCUACCCGAGCUGCUGAGAUGGAGUCCCAGAUUGCCCAGCUGCAAGAGGAUUUAAAGAAAGCAAAGGAACAGCUAUCCAAUUCAGAGUCCUCAAGGAAAAAAGUGCUGCUAGAAGCAGAAGAAACCAAAAAACAACUCGCUGCUGUGACUGCCAAGCUUGAUGACUCCCAGCAUCAGCUGAUAGAGCUCUCUGCCACUGAGGAAUCUCGUGUACUUGAACUCUGCAAAAUUUCGCAAGAAAAGGACCGAGCUUGGCAGUCUGAACUCAAGGCUGUUCAAAAUAAGCAUUCAGUGGAUUCGGCUGCCCUUGCUGCUGCAAAUGUUGAAAUUCAGCAGCUCAAGCACGAGAUUGCUCUUGCUGCUGAGCAGAGUAGACUUGCUGAAGAUGCACAAGCUGAGAUUCAUACGUUGAAGCAGGACUUAUUUCAAGCCCACUCCCUAGUAGAUGAUUUGAAUGAUCAGCUGAAAGUUUGCCAGGAUUCGGAAGCCCAUGCCAAUUCACUGGCUAAUGAAACCUUGGUGAACUUGGAAAGUGCAAAUUUGACUAUUGAAAGUCUUAAAUCUGAGGCGCAUAAAUACAAAGAGUCACAUGAGUCUCUCAGUCUUCAGCUUCAGGAAUCCCAAGCCAAGGUCAUCUUGCUUGAAAAACAUGUUCAUAAUCUCCAAUGUGAUCUGGUUGAAGUUGGUGACAAGCCUCUUUUCAACCUUGAGUGCCAGCUUAAACUGGAGCUAGAUGCUGCUAAGCAAGAAGUGGAACAAUUGAGAUGUGCAGUUGAGGAAACGGAGGCUAAACUGCACGAAGCAGUGAUUGAGAGUGUGAUGAAGAUUCAAAAUGCCCAUGAAGCUUUAGAGAUCAUGAAAGCUGAAAGUGACGUGUGUAUGAACAAGGAGGCAGACAUGUUGACGACACUGAGAACAGCGGAGACAAAAUUGGAGAAAUUUCAGUUGGAAGUAUCUGAUCUUAAAGCCAACUUGAUGGACAAGGAAACAGAACUUCAGAGCAUUGUGGAGGAAAAUGAAUGUCUGAAAGCAGAUAAACAAAAGAGAGAGCAAGAACAACAAAUAGCAGAUUUUGCAAAUGCUCUAGCUGAUGUUGAAGCAGCAAAAGCCAGGGAACAGCAAGCACUGUUGAAGUUGGAAGCCGUGACAACUGAGGCGGAGAAGAUUAACCGCAGGGCUACAAGGUUGGCAGAGCAGCUUGAAGUAGCACAGGCAUCUAAUUCAGCGAUGGAAGCAGAAUUAAAGAGGCUGAGGGUGCAGACGGAGCAAUGGAAAAAGGCAGCUGAUGCAGCGGCUGCGGUGCUUGCAACUGCACAUAACGGGAAGACGGUGGAGAGAACUGGGUCCAUGGACUCAUCUGUCUAUUCUAAUAUAAGGGUUGGAUCACCAUUUUACGAAGACAUGGACGAGAAUUCACCAAGGAAGAAGAACGCAAUGCUGAAGAAAUUUGGAGACCUAUGGAAGAAGAAGAGCCAGCACAAGUGAUGGGAUGGUACUUCAUGCAUUUGUUGAAGAGUGGGUGGUGUAUUUAUGGGCGGAGGUAUGUGUUUCUCUCACGCAAUACCCUUGUUUGACAGUGUUCUGCUUGGUGAUAAUUCUCAAAAAUACAUGUUUUGAGAAGAUAGAGAAGACAAUUGUACCUGUUGGUAUAUGUGGAUGAGGAGGGCGUAUUGGGCAGAUCGGAUGAAUGCCAUUUAAGCGUCCUCACUCUGUUUUUUUGCUUUGAUUGUUCACUGACACUGCUUGUUCUGGUGCAUGUCUAUGUGCCCAUUAUGAGAACACGCUUCAUUCUGUACAUAAAUUCUCCUCUCCAUCAAACAUUUUCUUA